AUGGCCGCUACAACAAUUCCUAACACAAAUAACGCUACAACAACUAACACUCUUACCGCACAAACUGGUAUUAAUGGACCUCCUGUUGGUCACAAAAUAAACGCUUCUGAAGUGGGUUGGCUUUUCGUUCAUGAAUACUAUACAUUCUUAAACAAAGACCCAAGUCGUCUCCACUGCUUCUACGGACAAAAAUCAACCCUCAUCCAUGGAACAGAAGGUGAGACCGUGAAUCUUUCUCAAGGAGAGAAGGAAAUCAAAGAUAAAUUCCAAGGGUUAAACUUAGAAGAUUGUCGUGUUCUCGUCACCAAUGUUGAUAGUCUCGCGUCUAUAAACGGUGGAAUAGUAAUUCAAGUAUUAGGCGAAAUGAGUAACCGUAAUGAAGUUGCACGAAGAUUUGCUCAAACUUUUUUUCUGGAUGUACAGCCAAACGGUUAUUAUGUGUUGAAUGAUAUCAUCCGGUUCCAAUCGGAUGAUGAAAUUGAAAUAUACAAUGGGGAAGAGGUAGCUGGUGCAUCCACCUCACCCGCUGGAACAUUGGUCGAUGAACCGAUUGAUGUUUCUUCGGCCCGGGUUGAACAAGCAGGUCCAUCUGAUUCUACCCAAAAUACGAUUAUUACAGAACCUUCUCUGGUCACUCCAAGAGACACGGAUUUAAAUAUGACGGUUACAUUUUCAACAAAUCCAGAAGUUGUUCCUUUACAUGCAACUCCUGUUGAUAUGGAAGUUACCGUUCCUGUCGUUGAUGAUGGCGGAAUGCACACUCAACCACCACUUAUUUCAUCAAUCAUAACUGAUACGAGCGUACAACCUCCAAAACCCGCGACAAUCGUACAGCCUGGUCAGAUUAUUCCUCCAUCACUACUCGUUGUGCAAAACAGUAAUGGACAACAACUUGCUAAUGUAAACGAGCAAGGGCACGUCACAACUUUAACGGGUAUCGUGUCUCAAGAAGAAGCUCAUGCAACACCUCCCCCUAUGCAACCAAUUCAAACCUAUCCAAGUAAGCCUCAAUCAGCAUCUGUUGUCUCAGUUAACACUCAACCGCCUGCUAACUUGAAUAAACAAGAACCCGCUAUUGCCCUCGAAUCACAUGUAUUAAAAAAAGCAUCGUUACAAGGAAAUAAUUUUCAAGCUCCAAAUUCUACAACGGUUGACGCUGCAGCUACUUCUAACGUUCUAACAUCAUCUUCAGAUGAGCACGAUAAGAAUGGACCACAAUCUACAAUUUCAAAGAAAUCGUCUGAACAAUCGCCUACAACAAACGCAUUACAAGAUGUUGGUCAAGUUCCGUUAACACAAAUUGUAUCUACUACUAGCGGAACACAGGCACCACUUGUCACGCACAAUAGAACUGAACAGCCUGCAAAUAUUCCAAAGCAGGCAUCUGCUCAGUCUCCAGUAGUUAGUGUUGCUUCACAGUCACAGGCAGAAGGUCAUUCUUCUCAAUCAGAAACGGAAAAUAAGGUUCAAAUUUCUUCAAAUGGACCAAAAUCAACUUCCACAGUGCAGAAAGCUCCGACUACUGGAUCUCAGCCAAAUGAUCAAGGAACCAAACGAACAUCUCGACCCGGAUCACCUUCUGGCGUAAUCGUUUGUCCUGUAUCAUCACCUGCUGUAAAUAAUAAAGGUCAGCUAACUAAUGUCAAACAACCGGUAAACAAGAAUAAUGCACAUGCUGUCAGGAAAAGCUCCGUGCAAAACAUUCCGAAAAAUGUCAUUACAACCGGUUCGAGUGACCAUGAACAGCAAGGCGUAAAAUCGUUUAACAAUACACCACAAACUAAGAAAACUUGGGCAAGCUUGGCGGCCAAUGGAUUGGAAAAGUGGAAUAAUACUGCAUUGUCUGAAGCCAAAGGCGUGGUCGCACCAGUUCCCGCAAAGUCUGGUCCACAGCAAUCUCAACAUAUGCGAGACAACCGUGAUCGACGUUCCGAGGGGUUAAAAAACAAUAACCGACGUAAUAGCGAUACAAGCCUCUCAAUAUAUGUAAAAGGGGUCACAUCCUCAAUGACUUACGAUCAAAUCAAGGCGGCGUUCACGAGUUUUGGCUAUGUUAAACAUCUCGACGUUGUACACUCCAAAUCCUGUGCUUUCGUUGAUUUCUCCAAUUUUGAAUCAUAUCGACGCGCUCUUGACGCGCAUACAGUUGAAGUUGGAGGUGAAACCGUUAACACAGAAGAACGUCGUGCACGUCGUGGCACUGGUAAAUCUUCCCGCGGACGUUUCUAA